AUGUGGCUGUUCACAAAAGACUCGGCAAACACAGUCGGUUCACUGGGAUUAGGCUUCUCCAGUGAUCCGGUUACCGGUUUCACUUUUUCACCACCAGAAUCAAAUCAAGACGAAUCCUUCUCCAUCGCCGGACCAUAUGGUCUUCAGUGGCGUUUGCGUCGAGCACAGAGACGCAAACCCACUGAGGAUGCUUCCAUUCUCACCUGCAGUUUGACAUCCGCCGUAGCUACCAGUGAGCAGGAUCUGAUAAUGAAUUCGCUUCGCCAAACCGUAAAGUGGAUGAAAACUCUUCGUCAUCCUAAUAUUUUAAAUUGGUUGGCAAGCACUGAGUUAACCGGACCAAAGUUACCUUCUGAAUUUCAUAUUGCCACAGAACGUGUCCUUCCACUGCGAGAAUAUUUACGCUUAAAGGCUGAUAGCGGAAACUUCAACUUUAUCUCAUCCUGGGGUCUUCACCAGUCCUUAAAUCCUUAUUUGCCACCAGAUGGGGUUCUUGUCGAUGCGUGGGGUUUGGGCUGUUUAAUUUGGGAAAUAUUCAAUCCCGAAAGCACGCUUUGUGAUCGCAGCCAACUGACCAGCACUGAUGCACUUCAGCGGGUGCCAAAACCUCUUGUUUCGGACUAUCGACAACUGGUUCAUUUGGGCACAGCGCGUGGGAUGAAACGACGAUUGACCGUAGCGCAAUUUCUCGCCCACGCACUGAAUGCGGAGAAAGGAGGCUUCUUUGCCAAUCAGUAUGUGAGCACUUUGUUAUUCUUGGAAGAAAUCCAAUUAAAAGAUGCCAAGGAAAAGUCAAAAUUUCUGUCUGAGCUUAGCGAACAAAUUUCCACAUUUCCGGAUGAUGUUUGCCGACACAAAGUUCUUCCACAUUUGCUUAAUGGUUUACGUUAUGGUUCUGCUGGAAUCGAGGCCCUCAUUCCUGUUCUCCGAAUCAUACCACUGCUUACCGAAUCCGAGUUUGAAGCCGCAGUGCUUCCUUGUCUUGUCCAACUAUUCGCAUCUCCGGAACGGGCCACGCGUGUCCGACUCCUUGAGCAAUUACCCAAUUUUGUACAAAAUGUGCCCCCUAAAGUGGUUGAUAGUCAAAUUUUUCCGUCGGUUUCAACUGGAUUUUCGGACGCUAAUCCAUUGGUGCGUGAGGCUACUGUACGGGCUAUGGUUCACCUAGCUCCAAAGUUGACGGGGAAAUUUCUUAAUGAGGCGUUACCCCGUUACCUCAUUGCCCUACAGCUAGCAGAAAUUGUGUUUUUCUCUGUCAUUCCCCGAUUGAUUAAUGCAUUCAAUCCACAAUGUUAA